UGCGGCGCGAAGAUCCUUUGGACGGAACUCUUGCGGAGCUGUCGUGUUUGCCGCUCAACUCCUGACCUGUCCCUGAAACUUGAGCUUUAGCUUGAGGCCCUGAACGGAUCACUCCUUAGCGGAAUUCUUGCAGCGGCAGGCAUUUCCACCGGCACUUAUUUUCGGUGAUAACUAAGUAUACUACUUGGUGACCUUUUCUUCAUGGCUCCCACUCCAGAGGACCUCGUCUUCGUCGAACAGCGGCUGAACUUGACCAUAAAACCCGAAGAACGCGAUGAUUACCUCGCACUUAUAACGGCUACUGAUAAUGCUGCAAAAGCCAUAAUGGAUAUGCCUGAUUUCAUCCCUCCUGUUGACUAUGGGCGCUUCCCGCGUACGGAUAUUUAUAUUCCAGCCAAUGAGGACAACCCGCGGAGGGGUUGGGCAUGCAAAGUCACGGUGAAGGGCGCUCCGGAAGGUCCUCUCAAAGGAAAGACCAUCUGCCUCAAAGAUAAUAUUUGCCUAGCGGGUGUUCCAUGCCAGUUCGGCACAGACGUCGUCAAAGACUUUAUCCCGGAGGUGGACGCUACUGUCGUGUCUAGGAUAUUACAAAACGGAGGUACUAUCCUCGGAAAAGCAACGUGCGAGAACAUGUCCCACGGUGCAGCAUCAUUCACCUCGCCCAAUGGCCCCGUACAGAACCCGUAUGCCGACGGGUUCUCCACGGGAGGUUCCUCUUCUGGUUGUGGAACCCUCAUUGGCAAGGGGGAAGUAGACAUGGGUAUGGGAGGCGAUCAAGGCGGUAGUGUCCGUAUCCCCGCUGCGUUUUGUGGAGUCGUUGGUUUGAAACCGACCUUUGGGCUUGUGCCCUACACUGGUGUCUUAUCGUCGGAACGGACCCUUGACCAUGUGGGUCCUAUGGCUCCUACUGUCAAAGAUGCUGCUCUCCUCCUUCAAACUGUGGCCGGCUACGACGGCUUGGAUGAUCGUCAGUUAGGCGCGCCAUCGUGCAAUAGCCUACCCUCGUAUGUUCCCACUUCCAGCGACCUAUCUGGUAUCAAGAUCGGCAUCUUGAAAGAAGGCUUCACAAGCGUACACAUGUCUCUCGAGGUGGAACAGGUGGUCCGGUCCGCAAUCGCAAAGUUCAAAGAUCUCGGUGCUAAAGUCAAAGAGGUCUCUGUCCCUUCACACUCUCAAGGUGGGAACUUAAUGCACAUCAUUAAUAAAAUGGGGAGCCAUCAGACUAGACAAGGUCGGGCGGUUGGCGCUCGAGGUUUGUAUGUGAACGGGUUUUUAGAAAAGUUGAUUCCUUGGGAGCAGAGUAAAUGGGAUGAGGUACAUUCUUUCGUUCAAGGAACGUCAGUUAGCGGCGAAUAUGCGUUCCAGCACUACCCAACGGUUUAUGGACGUGCUAUGAAUAUCAUGCGUCGUGUCAAGGCCGACUAUGAUAAAGCCCUGUCUGAGGUAGAUGUUCUUGUAAUGCCUACAAUACCAUUUGUUGCCCGCCGACAUGUCGAGCCUGGCGCAGGACCACUUGCAUGCGUUGAGAAAUGCGCCGGAAUCGUAGUAAACACGACCACGUUCAACGCAACUGGUCACCCUGCCCUAGCAUUCCCCGUUGGAUUUGGCUCGCCCGCAAAAGAGGACAUAUUGACACCUGAGGACCAGACCAUCAGGUUACCAAUUUCGAUGCAGAUUGUAGGUGGGAUGUGGGAGGAUGCGACAUGCAUCAAGGUUGCCGCUGCGUGGGAAGAUACUUGGAACUGGAAGACUGGACAGUGGAAGAAUUAAAUAGCAAAAAACCAAUUUAGGUCUCUUGCGAUAUGAUAGUAUUUGUAUCGAUAAUGAAUGUAGUG